AGGGAAUCAAAGCUUCUUCCACAAGAACAAUCAUACGCCCAUUCUUUGCGACCGAAACCUAACUGGUUUAGAACUCUCUCGCUCCUCAAUUCUUCUGUCAUCAAUUGAAAACCCAAUGAUUUCGAAAGCUUCGAUGCCACGCUGGAUGCUAGCAAAGAAGCUCGGCCGUGCUAAGAAGGCAUGGAAGAGCUUCACUGGAAAAGUACAGUUGAAAGUCCACGAGCUCAACAUCCCCAACACCAUCAAAACCAUCACUAACCGCCUUCUUGACUUGCGCUAUCUGCGCUUGUUAAUCCCUUCGAAACUACGCGCUCUCACUAAAACUUCCUCUACCUUUUCUCGGAACCAAUACUACAACCACCACUACCAACACAACAGCAAGUUUCUCCAUAAGAAUGGUACAACUAUACAUAUAGACGACCUCUUUGCACAGUCUGCAGGCAAUACGCACACCAAGAAGCAACAGUUAGAUGCGCAAGCUGAAACAAGUAGAGGCAAAGAAGGGCUUGACGAAGGAAAUGUUGCAACGAGAAACGGCAAGAGUGUUUAUAGCGUUGAAGAUGCAUGGCAAGCAGUGGUCGCUAGGUCGCCACAGCUGCGGGUCGUGGACGAGAGGGCGGAGGAGUUUAUAUACAAGUUCAGGCAAGACAUGAAGCUACAGAAGGAAAGGUCUAACCUUGAAUUCCAGGAGAGGUUGGCUCGAAGUGCCUAGCUAGAUUAAUUGGCUUUGGGAUAAUUCCGCAGGUGUUGACUAGUAGAAAUCGAAGGACAACUCUGAAGACUCGAAGUCAUUCAUUAUCCUACUUGUGGUGAGGUUUUUAUUGUGGAUUUGUGUGAGAACUUGUGAGGAUUUAUUUGUG